GCAUAAUGAAACGGUAACAAUGUCAAUUAUUCUAUCUUUUCAUUAAGAAACAAUUUUUGGCCGCAAUAAAUAUAAAAAGCAGUUCCAACAAUUCAUACCGAAGUCUCUGGAACAUAACUACAGCUUUUCUCUCUCACCAUCGUCAACUGAAACUGUUCUCUAGACCUGGUAAAAAACUGUACUAUAGUUUUGUGGAUGAUGCUGUAAGUCUGUCAGGAAUUGCUCGCAUAAUUACUAGAUAUUGACAUUUGAAAUUGAGCACUUUUAACAUGAUGAAAGGGAUGCAUCGCAGCGGUGUUUUCAAGAAGUCGAAUGGUACAGCAAAACUAAUUAUAACUACAAUUAUGGGAAUUGUUGUUGGAUAUUUCAUAGGUGUUUCUUUUCCAUCUGUUUCUAUUACCAAGGUUAUUUUACCUUCAAGCAUUUAUUCACCCUUUGAUAUGACAAUGCAUGAGGAUCGAUCUAAAGCUCUUGAACGUAGUUUCCCCGAAAAUCUUGGUUCGGGUAAUACACCCGAAACACCUAAGAUCUAUGUUCCAACAAAUCCUCGUGGUGCUGAGUCAUUGCCCCCAGGAAUCGUAGUCGCAGAAACUGACUUAUAUUUGAGAAGAUUAUGGGGUGAACCUAGUGAAGAUUUGAAGAAAAAGCCUAAGUACUUGGUAACAUUCACAGUCGGUUGGGGUCAAAGGGGCAAUAUUGAUGCAUCAAUAAGAAAGUUUUCUGCGGAUUUCCAAAUCUUGCUUUUUCAUUACGAUGGUGUAGUUACCGAGUGGGAUCAAUAUGAGUGGUCAAAGCAGGCAAUACAUAUUAGCGUAAGGAAACAAACAAAAUGGUGGUAUGCAAAGAGGUUUUUGCAUCCAGAUAUUGUAGCAGCAUAUGAUUAUAUUUUCAUUUGGGAUGAAGAUCUUGGUGUUGAGCACUUUAAUGCGGACAAGUAUAUCCAGUUGGUUAAGAAACACGGGUUGGAGAUUUCUCAGCCCGGUCUUGAACCGAAUAAUGGAUUAACUUGGCAAAUGACAAAGAGGAGAGGUGAUAAAGAAGUUCACAAAGACACUGAAGAAAAACCAGGAUGGUGCAGCGAUCCUCAUUUGCCUCCCUGUGCAGCAUUUGUAGAAAUUAUGGCUCCUGUAUUUUCUCGGGCAGCUUGGCGGUGUGUGUGGCAUAUGAUUCAGAAUGACCUGGUGCAUGGAUGGGGGUUGGAUUUUGCACUAAGAAGAUGCGUAAAACCUGCACAUGAGAAAAUUGGCGUUGUUGAUUCACAGUGGAUCAUUCAUCAAGUCGUUCCUUCCUUGGGUAGCCAGGGUCAAUCAGAGAAUGGUGAAGCUCCAUGGAAAGGGGUACGUGAUAGAUGCAAAAGCGAGUGGGCGUUGUUCCAAGAUCGACUUGCAAAUGCAGAUAAAGCUUAUUUCAAGCAGAUUGGAAAGGAGUGAAGUGUUGCUUGCUGUAGGAAGAUAUGUAUGUACAUUGUUUUGUUUCCUUUUGACCUUUCAUCCAUGUUACGAAAGGUGGUGAGCGUGACCAAAGCCCGCUUGAGGUGGCUUCUGUGUUCGCCACAGGGAUCCAUAGCACAACAUACUUUGUACUCUAGCGUGAUAUGAUUAGCAGAAAAAAUGUCGGCUUUUGUGCAUAGUUUAAGAUUUAGCAGAGUGGUUUUCUUUCUGUUCGGAUGUGUUAACCUGACAUACGUUCUGUUUUUAUUACUGUUUGCAACUUGUCCCACUAGUGCUUUGGAGAAUA